AUGCCCGUCUCCCUUUCAAGGAAAGAAACGUCGCUCCGGAAAGAAAACAAAACCCGCUCCCGUGAUUGUGGCCGCGCCGCCGCCGUGCCCCCAUCGCGCCCACCUUGCGCCCGUGCCCGCCCGCAGCAGGCCGCGCCGCCGCCGCCCGUGCCCGCCCGCAUCUGGGUGCGCCGCCGCCGCCCGCGUAGAGCUGGGGAACCCCCGUCUAGCCUUAUCGGUGGCUCCGUUGCUCCUCGACGUCCUCGCUCUCCAUCUCUCUCGCGCGCGCGAGGGCACGGGUGCACGCCCGCACCUGCACGGGGGCACGAGGGUCUCGGCGACCAUGGCGGGGAGCGACGCGACCGUGAAGGUGGCCUUGAUCUAGCAGCGGCAGCACCCCCGGGCCCCGACGUCCAUGACGGACGUGGAGGCCGAGGUCAAGGGACGGGAAUAGCGGGCACCUCCGGCACCGACCAAGGUCUGUCUGUCGACCGGAGCACGGAGGUAGGCUCCACGGCUACACGCAGAUGUGAUCAACGGCAUGGUGAGGUUGGGGACUCAAGCGGGCUUCUUGUUUCUGGUAUCUUUAGUGCUGACAAAAUAUCUGUUAUUGACAAGGCUAUUGUCAAUUCAGCUGUCAAGUCAAACUAUAUGUCAGCUGGUCAGAUAUCUGUUCCUAUUGUUUUUAGAGGACCAAAUGACCAAAUGGAGCUGCUGUUGGAGUUGGUGGCUUGUAAUAGAAAUAUUUUUUUUAUUCGUCACACUGUAGAUGAGAUCAGGGAGGUGCUGGUGAGGGCUGACAAUGAAAAUGGAAUCAUACGUGACCUAAUGAGCAAAAGAGGCAGAGGGAUAGAGAACGGUAUGCAACAAUGUCCGAUGAAAAGAGGAGUGAAAGAAACAAGAAACGCCGUGAGAGAUGGGAAUACAACAAAUGGAAUGGACGAAAAUAGUGACAAACUCCAUAUGCACUCAACCAACAGUAAUGUCGCCAAUGAAUUAUCAGAUGGGAAUACAACAAAUGAGAUGGAUGAAAACAGUGACUGGCUCCAUAGGCAAUCAACUUACAGUAAUGGCUUGCAACAAUUAUCAGGUUACUUAUUAGCAGAAUAA